GAAUGGCUCGAUCGACGGUCCCUUUUUCAGAUCCAGGAUGCACCUGGAACAAAAGAUGUUCUCUGGCCAACUCCCAGCAACACCUGAUAAUUCCCCAACAUUGUGGUCAAGGCCGUCGUCCAUCCUAUGAUGCGUUCAAAAAUAAAAACAGCUCUGGCAUUAUUUGCAUCUCAAUAUCUGUCUUCUGUGCUAGCCCAACAUGUUCGAGAUCUCUCUGGUGAUGGCUGGACGCUCAGCAGUCGAGCUCUGAAUAAAACAGUUCCUGGCCGACUUCCUUCGCAUGCUCAUCUGGAUCUUUUCGAAGCUGGCGUAAUUGGUGAGGGUCGAUACCACGGCCUCAACGACUUUGAUCUGCGCUGGAUACCCGAUGCCAACUGGACUUAUACCAGCGAUCCAAUUGAGGGAUUACUCGGUGACUAUGAAUCCUCAUGGCUCGUCUUUGACGGACUAGACACAUUCACUUCGAUCGAAUUCUGCGGCGCGUUUAUUGGAUCAACGGACAAUCAAUUUCGACAAUGGACCUUCGACAUUUCAGAGGUCUUGAGAAGCUGCGAUAGAGACCCAGUGUUGAGCAUUAAUUUCGGCAGUGCACCAGAUAUUGUAAAUCAAAUCGCCGAUAGCCCUGGCUCCGAAGAAUGGCCUGCUGGUGUACAGCUGUCGUAUGAGUACCCCAAUCGGUGGUUUAUGCGCAAGGAACAAUCUGACUUUGGAUGGGAUUGGGGCCCUGCCUUUGCUCCGGCUGGCCCGUGGAAACCUGCUUAUCUGGUGCAGCAUGAAAAGCCAGAGAGUAUCUAUGUCUUGAACACAGAUAUAGAUAUAUACCGCAAGGGCCAGGUAAACUAUCUUCCUCCUGAUCAGAGUCAGCCGUGGGUAGUCAAUGCCAGCAUCGACUACCUAGGAUCUCUUCCUAGUAACCCUUCAAUGUCAAUUGAAAUCAAGGAUCUUGCUUCUGGUGUGGUUCUCAUUUCCGGGUCUCUCAAAAAUGUCACACUAUCGGACAAGUCAGUCACAGGCAGUACAGUUGUUGAUGCAGACUCCCCGAAACUCUGGUGGCCCAAUGGCCUUGGGGAUCAAACCCUGUACAAUAUUACCGUGGCCAUCAACGGUAAAGAAGAAGCAUUGACAAGCGUUACCAAGCGAACAGGGUUCCGUACCAUCUAUCUCAACCAACAAAACAUUACCGAGGCUCAGAUCGCCCAAGGUAUUGCACCUGGUGCAAAUUGGCACUUUGAGGUGAAUGGACACGAAUUCUAUGCAAAAGGCUCAAACCUCAUCCCUCCAGAUACAUUCUGGCCUCGGGUGACAGAAGCCAAAAUGACCCGACUGUUCAAUGCUAUUGUCGCUGGAAACCAGAACAUGCUCCGAGUCUGGUCAUCAGGUGCUUAUCUUCCCGAUUUCAUAUACGAUCUCGCCGAUGAGACUGGUGUCUUGCUGUGGAGCGAAUUUCAAUUCAGCGAUGCUCUCUAUCCUGUCCACCAGGCAUUCUUAGAGAACGUGGCUGAAGAAAUCACAUACAAUGUCCGGCGAGUGAAUCAUCACCCAUCAUUAGCUUUGUGGGCCGGUGGAAAUGAGAUUGAGAGUUUGAUGCUUCCCAGAGUCAAGGAAGCGGAUCCAGAAGGGUACGCCAAAUAUGUCAAAGAAUACGAAGAGCUGUAUAUCAGUCUGAUCUUACCCUUGGUAUACGAAAAUACGCGGUCCAUCUCAUACACGCCCAGCAGCACAAACAAUGGCUAUUUAGAAGUCGAUCUCUCGGUCACAGUUCCCAUGGUGGAGCGAUAUUUCAAUACUACUCCUGGGUCUUAUUAUGGCGAUACAGACUACUACGACUAUGAUACGGGCGUCGCGUUCAACUACUCUUCCUAUCCUGUGGGUCGUUUUGCUAAUGAAUUCGGCUUCCACAGCAUGCCUAGUCUCCAGACCUGGCAACAGGCUGUAGACCCUGAGGAUCUUCAUUUCAACAGCAGCGUAGUGAUGCUUCGAAACCAUCAUUAUCCGGCUGGUGACCUCAGCACAGAUAAUUAUCACAACACCUCUAUGGGCAUGGGCGAAAUGACUCUGGGCGUGGAACGAUAUUAUCCCAUUCCCAGCAAGUCAGAUUCAGUUGCCAACUUCAGCGCCUGGUGCCACGCAACCCAGCUUUUCCAGGCCGACAUGUACAAAUCUGAGAUCCAAUUUUACCGCCGAGGAAGUGGCAUGCCCGAGCGCCAGCUAGGGUCUCUCUAUUGGCAGCUGGAAGAUAUCUGGCAGGCACCGUCAUGGGCUGGAAUCGAGUACGAUGGUCGGUGGAAAGUUCUCCAUUAUACUGCCAGGGACAUCUAUCAGCCCAUCAUUGUCUCCCCGUUCUGGAACUACACCACGGGUGACCUGGAGGUGUAUGUGACAUCUGAUCUGUGGGAGUCAGUGACAGGCAGUGUGGAUUUGACCUGGCUUGACUUAUCUGGCAAGCCCAUCGCGAACAAUGCAGGCACACCACCAUCCCUGGCAUUUAAUGUCGGGGCUAUCAACACCACCAACGUCUACAGUACUAAUGCAGCCAAUCUCUCCUUGCCAGAUCCGGAGAACUCCAUCCUUACCCUCUCCCUCUCGGCCAAGGGACAUCUUCCUAACUCAGACAGCACAACGGCCACAUCCUUUACCCAUCAGAACCAUUUUACACCGGCAUUUCCAAAGGAUCUAUCUCUUGUGGACCCCAAUCUGGACAUCACCUACGAUGGGAAAUCGAAGAAAUUUACCAUUGAGGCCAAGUCAGGCGUAUCACUUUACACUUGGUUAGACUACCCGGCGGGUGUAGUGGGUUAUUUCGAUCAGAACUCGUUUUUGCUAGUUCCAGGGCAGAAGAAGGAAAUUGGGUUUGUAGUCCAGGAUGAUCAGACAGGUGGUGAUUGGAUUCCCAAUGUCACAGUUGAAAGUCUCUGGGAUCAGAAAGUGAAGAAGUAAUAUAUAGAGGAUUUAUAUAUCGCGGCAUGGAGCCUUGAUGUUGAUACAUAGUAGUUGUACGUGGUAUUAAGUUGACCACAACAAUCUACUUAGAGGUUUGAAUUGAACAAAAAUAAGACACAAUACCUAAGACAAUUGAAUAAAAG